AUGCAACUCAUCAAAUCCGUUCUUCUUAAACCUUUCCACAAUUUUAUCCAUAAAGAUUUUCAUGAAGUUGUAGCAAGAAUGAAACUUAUGGAUAGAUUUAUUUUUCUCGAUAUUCACUUCAUCGACAAGUUAGGUAUAUGGCACAGGUUACCUGUGUUCUUAGGUCUGACAUACCUGGCCCUGCGUCGGCAUCUUCACCAAGAGUACAACUUGUUCAACGUCGGAAAAUCACCGGUCGGAGUACGAUAUAAUCCGGCCGAUUAUCCUUUCAGAACAGCUGAUGGAAAAUUCAAUGAUCCCUUCAAUGAAGGUGCAGGCAGUGAGGAUUCAUUCUUCGGCCGGAAUGUCCUUCCUGUUGAUCAAAAAAAGAAGCUAAUGAAACCGGACCCCAUAGUGGUGGCUACAAAGCUGCUGGCACGUAAAGAAUACAUUGAUACAGGAAAGCAGUUCAAUGUAAUUGCAGCUUCUUGGAUACAAUUUAUGAUUCAUGACUGGAUUGAUCACUUAGAAAACACUGAUCAACAGGUAGAACUGGUUGCACCCAAACAAGUGGCAAGUCAAUGUCCUCUCAAAUCAUUCAAGUUCUACAAGUCGAAGGAGGUCUCGACUGAGCACGGCUAUUAUGGUAUCGACACCGGCUAUUUGAACCGUCGAACACCUUGGUGGGAUGGGAGUUCUAUAUAUGGUAGCGAUGCAGAAACUUUACAGAAAGUAAGGACUUUCAAGGAUGGAAAGCUCAAGAUUUCAAAAAAUGGCCUUCUUCCUCACCAAGAUGGCCAAGUUAUUUCUGGUGAUGUUCGUAAUAUAUGGGCUGGCCUCUCCACAUUGCAAGCCCUGUUUGUCCAGGAACACAAUGCCGUCUGUGAUGCCUUGGAGAAGGAAUACCCUGGUUUGAAGGACGAGGAACUAUAUCGGCAUGCAAGGCUGGUGACUUCAGCUGUGAUUGCAAAAGUCCACACAAUUGAUUGGACUGUUGAGCUUCUAAAGACUGACAUGUUACGUGCUGGAAUGCGUGGAAAUUGGUAUGGAUUGCUGGGGAAAAAGUUUAAAGAUACAUUUGGACAUGUUGGAGGGGCCAUACUGGGCGGCCUUGUGGGAUUAAAGAAACCUAACAAUCAUGGCGUCCCCUAUUCGUUGACUGAGGAAUUUGUGAGUGUUUAUAGAAUGCACGGCCUCUUACCAGAUACUCUUCUUCUUAGGAAUGUCGAUGCCGCACCAGGACCAAACAAAUCUCCUCCUUUGGCUAAAGAAGUGGAUAUGCGUGAGCUGAUUGGUAACAAAGGAGAAGAGGCCUUGCAAAAUAUUGGCUUUACCAGGCAAAUGGUGUCAAUGGGACACCAAGCAUGCGGUGCCCUGGAGCUUUGGAAUUAUCCUAACUGGUUUAGAGAUCUGAUUCCCCAAGAUGUAGACGGUAGAGAUCGGCCUGACCCUGUCGACUUACCAGCUCUCGAAAUUUACAGGGACAGAGAAAGGAGUGUUGCCAGAUACAAUGAUUUUAGGAGGUCCCUCCUAUUGAUUCCCAUUUCCAAAUGGGAAGAUCUUACAGAUGAUAACGAAGCUGUCCAGACCCUUCGAGAAGUCUAUGGUGACGAUGUGGAGGAGCUCGACCUUCUCGUGGGUCUCGUGGCCGAAAAAAAGAUCAAGGGAUUUGCUAUUAGCGAGACGGCCUUUAUAAUUUUCCUCCUCAUGGCAUCAAGGAGGUUAGAGGCAGACAGAUUUUUCACGAGUGAUUUUAAUGAAGAGGCGUACACAAAGAAAGGGCUGGAAUGGGUAAACACAACUGAAAGCCUGAAGGACGUGUUAGAUCGGCAUUACCCUGAGAUGACGAAGAAAUGGAUGAACUCAAGCAGUGCAUUUUCAGUAUGGGAUUCUGCACCAGAACCACACAAUCCCAUUCCCCUCUAUCUUCGAGUUCCUCAUUGA